AUGGCACCAGGCUGGACCGUGCUGGUGAUGCUGGUGCUGGUGCUGAGCACCCUGCGGGUGUGCGGGGCCGUGCCGCCGCCGGAGCCGGGGCAGCAUCGCGGCCUGCAGUGGGUCUGGGGGGUGGCCGGGCAGGCGCAGGCUGAGCCCCUGCCGUUCUCCCGCAGGAAGAGGGCUGAUGGCGGGCAGCAGCCCAGCGCCACCGCCGCCACGCCGGGGCAUGGCCACGCCGCCACUGUGACGCCCAGCAGCGACGACACCGAUUCCCCCGAGCCCGACCUGCUGCUGGGCUCUGUGCCACCAGCAGAAUCUGGCUCCAAUGCGAGCCUGCACAGGGUACUUGUGGUGCUGACCACAGCCGAUCCCUUGGAUGAGACCGAUUCCCCUGAUCCUGACCUGCUGCUGAGCUCUGCGCCACCACCAGCACCCAGCACCAACACCAGCCUGCACCGGGCACUGGCAGCGCCGACCACAGCCGAUCCCCUGGAUGAGACCGAUUCCCCUGACCCUGACCUGCUGCUGAGCUCUGCACUGUCGGCAGCACCCAGCACCAAUGCCAGCCUGCACUGGGCACUGGCGGUGCCGACCACAGCCGAUCCACAGGACGAGACUGAUUCCCCUGAUCCCGACUUGCUGCUGGGCUCUGAGCUGACGGCGGAGCCUAGCAGACAGGCAGCACCCCAAAACAUCACCACCAUCCCCAGCCGGCUCACGUUGCCCAGCGAGGAGGGGACGGUGGCCGGUGACAUGGACAGCAGCUCCUCCACGGAGCCACACUCGGCGACCUCCCCAGCCCUUGGCCCCAUGACCACGGGUUACAAGAAAGGCAAGAAAGCCGGAGCCUCCCCCGCCCCGACUCAUUCAACCCCUUGGGACAAGAAGCCCAGGGGGACCGCAGUGCCGGUCCCCUGGGACCCCAGCAGGGUGAUGGGCAAGUGCCUGCUGGCCAUCCUGCUGCUGGCGCUGGUGGCCGCCACCUUCAUGGUGUGCACGGGGGUGCUGGGCGCCCUGCUCUGGCGGCGGGCGCGGACGGCACACCGCCAGCUCAGCCACACCGAGAUGGUCUGCAUCUCCUCCCUGCUGCCUGACGGCGAGAUGGCCGCCAACGGCCCCAAGCCUGGCCUGGCCCGGCGGCCGAAGCUGCUGCUUGACGGUGGCUCCGAGGCCGACGGUGACAACCUGACGCUCAGCAGCUUCCUGCCAGAGCACUCCUGA